AUGCUAAAGUGGUUUGCAGACAGCUGGGCUGUGGUCCAUUACUCAGAGCCCCUCAAUCAGCUCACUUUGGUCAAGGAACAGGACAAAUCUGGCUUGAUGAUAUUAGCUGGAUCUGGGUCCACUCAGUGCUCUGGAAGAGUUGAAAUCUAUCACAACAACACCUGGGGAACAGUCUGUGAUGACAACUGGGACUUAAAUGAUGCUAAAGUGGUUUGCAGACAGCUGGGCUGUGGGACAUCACUCAGUGCUCCUAGAGAAGCCAGCUUUGGUCAAGGAACAGGACAAAUCUGGCUUGAUGAUGUGAGCUGUUCAGGCAGUGAAAAGUCUCUAACUAAGUGUCGACACAACGGAUUUGGGACACACAACUGUGGACAUGGAGAGGACGCCAGUGUUGUUUGUUCAGAUGGUCAGAUCAGAUUAGCUGGGAAUGGGUCCACUCAGUGCUCUGGAAGAAUUGAAGUCUAUUACAACUAUGUUUGGGGAACAGUCUGUGAUGAUAACUGGGACUUCAAUGAUGCUAAAGUGGUUUGCAGACAGCUGGGCUGUGGGCCAUCACUCAGUGCUCCUGGAUCAGCUCACUUUGGUGAAGGAACAGGACCAAUCUGGCUUGAUGAUGUGAGCUGUUCAGGCAGUGAAAAGUCUGUAACUGAGUGUCGACAUAACGGACUUGGGAGACAUAACUGUGGGCACAGAGAGGAUGCUGGUGUUAUUUGUUCAGAUGUCAGAUUAGCCGGAUCUGGGUCCACUCGGUGCUCUGGAAGAGUUGAAAUCUAUCAUGACUACACCUGGGGAACAGUCUGUGAUGACAACUGGGACUUCAAUGAUGCUAAAGUGGUUUGCAGACAGCUGGGCUUGAAUAAUCUCAUACCAUUUUCCAACUCUGAGACUAUUAUCUUCAUCAUCCCUAAAGUGAACUUUGAUGAUGAGGGAUCGUAUAAGUGUCAGUAUAAGAAAAGGAUUUCAGAUCAAUUGUUCAAGUCCUCCCUGAGUGACUCUGCCAGACUCUCUGUUACUGUGCCACUGCAGCAGCCCAAUAUCUCCCUGACAUCUCCUAAUGGAGGACUGGUCUGGGGUCCUGAAGGUGCAGAGGUCACUAGGGGCUACAGCUUUGUCUUGACCUGCUCCAUCAACUCCAACUAUCAUGAAGGUCGUUUCUCUCUCGUCUUCUCUGGCUCCAACAUCACCACCAAACCUGCAGUCAACCUCUCAGCCUCCUUUAACUUCCCUGUAGCUGAGUAUGAACAUGAGGGCAACUACAGCUGUGUGUAUGAAGUCACUCUGCCCGGAUGGGACUUCAGGUCACUAGAUACAGAACCGAUUACUGUUACCAUUAAAUUCCCUUUGUUGCUGCUGGUGUCCUCAGUAACUGCUGGGAGUCUGCUGCUGUUCCUGCUGGUCUUGUUGAUGGUCUGUCUGGUCUGCAGGAAAAGACGACAAGCCAAACAUCCGAUAGCCAUCGCCAUGAAAGAGCCCUCACCCAAAAGGCAACCGACGGUAGAGGAGGAAGAGGACAGUGUCCCAAUGAGAUUAUUUGCAUCUACGUGGUGCUCUGGAACAGUUGAAAUCUAUUACAACAAAACCUGGGGAACAGUUUGCGAUGAUUACUGGAACUUAAAUAAUGCUAAGGUGGUCUGCAAACAGUUGGACUGUGGGACAGCUUUAGGUGCCCCUAAAGAGGCCAUCUUUGGUAGAAGAGUCAGCCAAAUCUGGCUUGAUGAUGUGCGCUGUUCAGGAAGUGAGAGUUCUCUUGCUGAGUGUUAUCACAGAGGAUUUGGGAUACACAACUGUAAACACAAUGAAGAUGCAGGUGUUGUUUGUUCAGAUAUCAAAUCUCUGCCUGUAAGUUGGGGAAAGAUGAAGAACAAGACUCUGAUCAGUGAUGAGAGUUCCAAAGCCACAUGGGGAACAGAGGGAUAUGCAUCAUUUUAUUUGUUGUAG